AUGAUGAGAUCGGAGACGGCGACCCUCGUCCUGGUCAAUCUCGCCGGAAUCAUGGAGCGGGCCGACGAGUCCCUGCUGCCGGGGGUCUAUAAGGAGGUCGGCGCCGCCCUCCACGCCGACCCCACUCGCCUCGGCUCCCUCACCCUCUUCAGAUCAAUCGUCCAGUCCUCCUGCUACCCGCUCGCCGCCUACCUCGCCGUCCGCCACAAUCGGGCCCAUGUCAUCGCCGCCGGCGCCUUCCUCUGGGCCGCCGCCACAUUCCUCGUCGCCUUCUCCUCAACCUUCGCCGAGGUUGCAAUAUCGCGUGGAUUGAACGGUAUCGGGCUGGCCAUCGUGACUCCGGCCAUCCAGUCCCUUGUGGCCGACUCCACCGACGACACCAACCGCGGGACUGCCUUCGGCUGGCUCCAACUCACCGGAAACCUCGGCUCCAUCAUUGGCGGCCUCAUCUCCGUCCUCCUCGCCUCCACCUCCUUCCUGGGCGUGCCAGGCUGGCGCCUCGCCUUUCACCUCGUCGGCCUACUCAGCGUCUUCAUCGGCAUUCUCGUCUGCCUCUUUGCCACCGACCCCCGAGCAUUUGAUAAUCUCACCCACCAACCCCCUAAAACCUUUCGUGACGAGGUUAGGGAUUUGAUGAAGGAGGCAAGGGACGUGAUCCGCGUGCCCACUUUCCAAAUACUGGUGGCCCAGGGCGUGUCGGGAUCCUUCCCUUGGUCCUCCAUGUCCUUUGUGCCCAUGUGGCUGGAGCUGAUGGGCUUCUCGCAUGGGACCACGGCCGUUAUUCUCACUGUGUUCAGCGUGGCCGGUUCAUUGGGAGGCUUGUUUGGUGGGAAGAUGGGGGAUGUGCUGGCCGUGCAGCUGCCCAAUGCCGGGAGGAUUAUUAUGUCUCAGGUGAGCUCGGGAUCGGCCAUCCCGCUCGCGGCCAUUUUGUUGCUAGGAUUGCCAGAUGACCCAUCAACCGCGUGGGCCCAUGGGUUCGUGUUCUUCGUGCUGGGGCUCUUCGCGUCGUGGAAUGCGCCGGCUACAAACAACCCGAUAUUUGCAGAGAUAGUCCCCAAGCGGGCCCGGACGAGCAUCUACGCCCUGGACAGGUCGUUCGAGUCCAUACUGGCCUCGUUCGCACCCCCAGUCGUCGGGUUUUUGGCCCAGCACGCGUAUGGGUUCAAACCCCCUUCCAAAGACUCGGACGGCUCGAAAAGAAUUGAUACCGAUCGAGAAAACGCAAAGUCGCUCGGGAAAGCUCUCUACACGGCGAUUGGCAUACCCAUGGCAAUUUGCUGUGUUUUCUACUCUUUUCUCUACUGCACGUACCCUCAGGACAGGGAUAGAGCAAAAAUGGACGCUCUGAUCGAGUCCGAAAUGCGAGAGAUCGAAAGCAAUGGCUCGGAUUUAGUGCUAGGGUCUUACGGAAAGGAAGAAAGUACUGCGAUAGAUAUGGACUAUAAUGAGAGGGACAAUUUUCAUGAGAAUGACAAGCGGAGGUUGCUUUCUCGUGAGCUUACAUCAUCGGAUGCAAGUAAAUUGUAG